CCCAGGACGAGCGCUUCAGAUUCCGCGAAGAAAUCGGAUAGACGGUAUGUGCCUGACUCUUCCUUUGGUGAGCGUCACGGCACCGGUCUGCCACUGGGACGGCUGUUCUCAAGGAGGUCGCCAAGGCCUGGCUAUAGCUCAGAAUUACCCGGACGCCUAUGACGGGAUCCUAGCCCAUGCUCCUGCUUUAUUCCUGCCCGAGAUCCCAGGGGCGCUGUACUGGUCGUAGCAGCUCAUGAACGCCAUUGGGAAGCACCCGUUCGGGUGCGAGAUCGACGCAAUCACGGCGGCCAUAAUCGAAGCUUGCGACGAGCUGGACGGCAUCCGCGAUGGAGUCAUUUCCGACGUCGCUGCUUGUGCUAAAAGCUUUGACCCACAACUUCUGGUCGGGCAGACGAUUGAAUGCAAGACAUUGCCAGGAGACAAUCCGGAAGACCACGUCCAGAUUACCCAGGCUGCUGUCGAUGUAGCCAGGACUACGUGGAAAGGCAUAUCCUUUUAUCCGUACGGCGACGGCAGCGACCCCACCGAAUACAAGUACAACCUCGGCGCCAACCUCACGGGCAACUCGCCUACGUCUGGUGGCGGUCCUGGGAGUGCCCGCGCAAGUUGUGGUAGUGAUGGGGUCUGCGUUGGAGCGCCUGACGGUCUGAUCGAACCUUGGUUCAAGUAUUUCAUCACGCAGGAUCGCGGCUUCAGCGUGACCGCCUUGACAAGGGAGGGGUUUCGGACGUAUUUUGAGUAUGCCCAGGAGAAGUUCCAGAUGUUGCAGACGACAGAUCCAGAUUUGACCGCGUUUCGUCGCGCUGGUGGCAAGAUGGUCACAUUUCAUGGACUUGCCGACCAAGUCAUUCCCGACAUUGGCACACAGACCUACUACGAAGCCGUGUCCGAUAUUCUUCCCGAUGUCCGCGACUUUUACCGCUACUUCCAAGCACCUGGCCUUAGCCAUUGUGGCGGCGGCGCAGGCGGGUACCCACGUGCGCUAUUUGCGCAGCUGCGUGCCUGGGUCGAGAAUGGGACGGCUCCGGACAGCACGCCGCUGCAGUUCACGGAUAGCAACGGCACGGAUCAUCGCAGGAAGCUGUGUCCAUAUCCGCAGGGGCUGGUGUUUGACAAGGACUGCGUUAAUGACGGUGGUGGCGAGGAGUGUUGGACCUGUGUAUGAACUGACUCAAAGGAGUUUGUUGGGGUUAAACGGAGGACAUGGCGGCGCAAAAGUACACAUUCCAAGCGCGAUAGAUCGUCCACUACAGCUUCUCCUUGGCCUAGAGGUGGGAAGGAGUAAAAGUGCAACCAUUGCUAAGACAAGCGCCUUCGCCUGUGGGAAGGGACUGG